GGCCGAGGACGAGACUAUUCUGCAAAUUAUCACCAAAGUGGGAUUAAGCUUUUCUAUCACCGGAAUACUUUUGACAAUUAUUGUGUAUUCCUUCAUCACAGAUGUUCGUCAGCCUCUUUCUCAAAUACGAUUGAGUUUUUCUGUGUCACUCGGAGCUGGUCAAAUAAUCUUUCUCGCCGGUAUAAAGGCCACAGAAAAUAGGGCUUCCUGUGUUACAGCAGCAGUUCUCUCACAGUAUUUCCUGAUGGCCGCUUUCUGUUGGAUGAUGGUCGAGGGAGUUUAUCUUUAUCUGUUUGCUAUGAAAGUUUAUAACAUUGGCGACAAGAUGCACACGUAUCACAUCAUCUCAUGGGGUUUUCCGAUCGUCAUGGUGGGCAUUUCAUUGAGCGUUGCGGCUGGAAAAGAUGGAAUUCAAAGUUAUACCAGUGACAAAUGUUGUUGGCUGUCCUCGACUAACAACCUGAUCUGGAUAUUCGUCGCAUUUGUGGCGCUCGUUGAAGUUGUCAACAUUUUGAUACUCAUCCAGGUCCAUAAAAAGAUGAGCACACUAGUGCAGCCAAUGGUGGAAGACAAGCAUUUCCGGCAGAUACGAGUUAGCAUUAAAACAUGCGCAAUGAUGGUGCCACUACUGGGCGUCACGUGGUUAUUUGGUCUUUUGUUACCCUUACACAAAGCUUUCGCCUAUAUUUUCACCAUCUUAAACUUCACUCAGGGUUUCUUGAUUUUCGCCCUUCACCGUAUGCGAAACAGACAGAUUAGAGAGCGAUUGAGGAGUAGGCUGAAAACCAUUUUUCCAUAUGCAGACGAUGGAAACUUUGCAGAGAAGAGCUCACAACGUAACCUAAGUGAUGCCGGAAAUGUAUCUUCAAUUGAGCUUGGUCAGGAUCGAGAUGUCAGCAAAGUCAGGCCUUCUGUGUCCGCUUGCUAGUCAGUACAGCAAUGUUUUGAAUAAGUUGUGGUUUAGUGCUAAUAUUUGUUGAGAAAUUUUUGCAUAAAGGAGGGCAGUGAAAGGUACCCUAGCAAAUCGUGAGUAUCGCGAAGUAUUAUCCGAUCACGAAAUCUCUGCUCAAAGUCCAACUUUUUUUUUAAUAGGCGAUAUUCUCUUAUAAAAGAUAGCUAGAAUGGCUUGAAGCCAACACAGUGGGCAACAAAAACCGCCCAGGGGCCCGUGUGUGAAUGGGCUGGAAGCAACUUCAAUAAGCAACACGAAUACCCCAUCCACACCAGCAAAACAUGUUUUAGUUACACCGGGUUUAACUGAACAAAACUACGAACCAGAGAACUGAAAAUCUGAAUUUUCCAAAGGAUUCAAAUAGUAAAUAACUUGUAUUCUCAAUGUGCUAAAUUUUUGAAGCCGACGAACAUCGCUUUAAGCAGCUUCUUUGAAGAAAAUAAAUUUAAUGAAAUAGCUUUAAAACAUGCUUAUGCUUUGGGUGAAUGUGGCAUAAGAUAAUGUCAAGGAGUUUCUAAUUUAGUAGCUUUUAAGCUGUUUAGUUUCGG